GCGUUUCUCUCUCUGGCCGGAGCACUACUACAGGCGGAAGUUACAGACGCUUGUGUUGGUUAAAAUCUACUGUGGUGAGAAAGUGAAAAGCAGCGUAAAUGAUAAACAGCAGGCGUUUGUGACGAUUUUAACAUCAGCGCAUCAUAUAUGUGGACGCGGUUGCUUUAUUUUCCCUUCCUGCAUUCGCAGACUGCUGGUUUUCGUCGGUAAAGGCAGACUGGCAUAUUUAUUGAGUUUGAUGUUUGGUUAGAUGGUCAGAUAGUGAAGCUCUCACAGUAGCUAACACGCGCGCUUUGAUUGGAACGUUCAGACAUUCUGUUACAUUAAAACAUUGUAGCCAGACGGCGCGUUUCCGACUCUUGUUGACACGCUGUAGCGGGAGAAUAGAAACAUUCACUUUAUUCAGCGAUGACUCGAUUGGGUUUAACAUAACUGCUAAAUCACGUAUGUGACUUCCACAACAACCAAUCUAGUGGAGCCUUUUAUCUCGGCGUUUUGCACUGGAUUUACAUUGGAAGUGACAGAGAUGGCAGACAGCGGUCGGGUGAAGCACGACAGCCCGAGCUCGAGCCCCGGACCCGGGAGGAAAAAGGCGCAGCAGUCGCCCGGCUCAAAGGCGCGGUACUCGGUUAACGCUCCCGGACACUGCUUUCGGAAAGUGACCCUGACCAAGCCGACCUUCUGUCAUCACUGCGGCGACUUCAUAUGGGGGAUUGUCGGGUUUGUUUGUGAAGUGUGUAACUUCAUGUCACAUGAGAAGUGUUUGAAGCACGCCAGGACCGUGUGUUCCUGUAUGGCUCCCACACAAGUUCAGGUUCCUGUAGCGCACUGCUUCGGUCCUGCCGGUCAGAAGAAGAGGUUCUGCUGUGUUUGCCGGAAGCAUCUGGAGGGCAGUUCGGCUCUGCGCUGUGAAGUGUGUGAGCUGCAUGUGCACAGCGACUGUGCCCCGUUCAGCGUUAGCGACUGUCGUUUCUGCCACCAAGAUGGAGGGCAAGACAUUGACACGUACCAGCACCACUGGCGGGAGGGGAACAUGUCCUCAGGUGCCCGCUGUGAAGUCUGUCGUCGCACCUGCAGUUCUUCGGAUAUCCUGGCUGGCAUGAGAUGCGAAUGGUGUGGCAUUACGGCACAUGCGUCAUGUUACAUAAUCAUCCCCCCAGAGUGCAGCAUGGGACGGUUGCAGAACAUGAUUCUUCACCCCAGCUGCGUGCGGAUCUGCUCACGGAACUUCAGCAAGAUGCACUGUUACAGAAUCUCAGAAAAUUCCCACCACAGCGAGAUGGAUAACCUGGAUGAUGUGGAUACCCCGAGUCCAGUAACUUCUAAGGAAACUCCGUCUACGGGAUCACCUGACACAGGUAAACAGACGCUGAAAGUUUUCGAUGGUGACGAUGCAGCUAAGCGGAAUCAGUUUUGUUUGGUUUCAAUCCCUCGAAUAAUCAAGAAUGAGGAAGGAGUGGAAGCAUCCCUCAGAGCGUUCUACAUCCCAGAUGAACCGCAGGAUUACGAGCUACAGAGUUACAGCCAACAGGGACUGUUUACAGAUGACAUCAUCAACCGUAACGGCACGCCGGACAACAAGCCCAUAUUUAAGGAUACCGUGUCUGAUUCCUGGGUGCUCAGAUCAAAACCUAAAGAAACGGAAGUGGUGAAGAUUUAUUCCAGCUCGCGCAAGGUUGAAGUCACCUCAGUUACUGUUGGGAAAAGCAGCACAGUAGACUCAAUCUUAAAGGAAGUGCUCCCACGAAUAGAAAAACAGAAUGAAAACCAUGCUGACUUCAACCUUGUAGAGGUUUUCAUGAGCAGCAAACAAGUGCAACGGCAAGUCCUCAGCGGUCAGGAGAUUUUACUGGAAAAACUGCAGGAGAUACGGAAGACAUCGUUGCGACAGAUGAACCAGACACGGUUUUACAUUGAGGAAAGCAGGAAUCGAGUGGCACAAGUCAAUCUGCUCUUGGGAGGCUUUCCGACACAGCUUGAAAAAGAGGAAUACACACACCUGCUAUCUGAACACCUCUCAGUCAAAAGUCAUUUGGUCACCAUCACUCACGUGUACUCUGAACAAGGUGCUGUGGUUCUGCAGAUCAGCUGUUUCUCAGAGGCGGAGAGGAUUUACAUGCUGGCCAAAGACACCAGCAUCAGCGGCAAACAGCUCUACUCACUUGUCAUACCUGAGAUCAUGCAAAGCAAGCUGGCCAAAGGAAGUUGCCCCUUGCUAGUCUUUGUCAACCCUAAAAGUGGUGGAUUAAAGGGCAGAGAGAUCUUAUACAGUUUCCGAAAACUUCUAAACCCUCACCAAGUGUUCGAGCUGACCAGCGGAGGACCACUUCCUGGGCUGCACACGUUCAGGGAAGUCCCUCACUUUCGGAUCCUGGUGUGUGGAGGAGACGGCACAGUGGGAUGGGUGCUGGGGGUUCUGGAGUCCAUCCGGCACAAAAUCGCCUGUCCUGAGCCAGCGAUCGGCAUCAUACCACUGGGCACUGGAAACGAUCUGGCUCGGGUAUUGCGAUGGGGGGCGGGAUACAGCGGCGAGGACCCCUACAAUAUCCUGCUGUCUGUGGAUGAGGCAGAGGAAGUGCAAAUGGACCGCUGGACAAUUCUUCUGGACGCACAGGAAAUGACAGAGGAUGGCAAAGAGAAUGGCUUCCUAGAGCCACCCAAGAUUGUGCACAUGAAUAAUUAUUUUGGGCUGGGAAUUGAUGCUGAGCUGAGUCUGGACUUUCAUCAUGCACGUGAGGUGGAACCAGACAAGUUUAAUAGCAGGUUCCACAAUAAAGGUGUGUAUGUAAAGGUGGGCCUGCAGAAGUUGAGUCACACACGAAACCUUCAUAAAGACAUCAGAAUGCAAGUGGACAAACACGACGUGGAACUGCCCAGUAUAGAGGGACUGAUAUUCCUCAAUAUUCCCAGCUGGGGUUCUGGCGCUGACCUGUGGGGCUCAGACAGCGAGUCUCGGUUUGGGCGGCCAAGGAUAGAUGAUGGGAUGCUGGAGGUGGUGGGAGUUACUGGUGUGGUGCACAUGGGUCAGGUUCAGAGUGGGAUGCGUUCUGGGAUUCGUAUCGCUCAGGGCAGCUACAUUCGCAUCACUGUGAACAAACCCAUUCCAGUGCAGGUGGAUGGAGAGCCCUGGAUACAAUCACCUGGACAGAUCAUCAUCUCAGCUGCUGGACCAAAGGUUUGCAUGCUGAGAAAGUCCAAGACCAAGCAGAAGAAACAAUCAGGCAGUUUGAAGGAAGGCCGUUCCGACAGUCCAGCUCCCAGUGAUGGUGGGCAGUGACAAACCGCACAAACAGUUCAUUGACAGCCCUUUACUGUCGCCUUGACAACUUUUCUUUUAGUCUGUCCUCUGUUCUUUGUUACAAUCUGGGUGGGUAUCAACAUUACUUUAGCUGAACUACAAUGUGUUACGCAGACAUCUCUAUCAUCUCAGUCUGUAGUGUCCAAACGCCCCGUCUGACGAUAGCACUGCAGUCUGUUUCUCAGGACUCUAGCUGCCCUCAGCCUGUUUUUGCCUUAGAUAUUGUUGGUUUUGUUUUGAUUGUCAAACCGCAUCUUCUUUUCAAAGGAAAUAUUGUCUUAAAGUAGCCCAUCACUGAAAUGCUACGGCACCAGUAUUUAAUCACAUUGCGCUCAUCACAAAUGCCAAAAAAUACCGUUUUGUGAACAUCGCCAAGUUAUCAAGUUUGCCAAGUUUGUAUGUGACGAUGGCCUUUUUGGUUUAUGGUACAUACUGUGACUCACCUGGUCAUUUUUCGUCUUUAUAAUGAUUAAUGUCUUACUUGAGGUUUAUUUGCAAUAGGGCUGUCAAAAUGGCUGAA